GCACUACGCCUUGAAUUUUAGCCGCUACUCGCGUCUCCGCAUCAAGGCUGCAAGAACCAGGAAACGACCAGUAGAGAGCGCUCGAACCGCGCCUUAUCCAACUGCCAGCUCGCUCGCUCCACACCCCACCCGGCAAUGGUGCUCCACUGCGCCGCCGCACCGACCGUCUCUCCGCCCGCCGCCAGACCCUGCCGCCUCCACCACGGCGCCUGCGGAGCUGCUUUUUCGCUCCCGCACCUGGCCGCAGCCCCGGCGCGCGCUCUCGGUCUCGGGCACCUGCCCCGCCUCCUCGUCGGCGCCGGCGACGCGCGCGCGGACAGAGCCGUCUUCCGCGUGAGGCGGCGGGUGCGGUACGAGGAGGACGAGGAUGAGGACGACGAGGAGUGGGGGCACAACGAGGACGUCGCGAGGAUGGAGCGAUACACCGAGGACGCGCGCGACCAGGCGCUGCUGGUGAAGGCCCGGGUCGACGACGAGGUGGAGGUCGUGCUCGUCUUCAAGGGCUUCUCGUCGAGCUUGAGCGGGGGAACGGCGGCGGAUCCGUCGAGGAGCAUCCUGCCGGAGAGGGCGAUCAUACAGUCAGUGGACGUGGUGAAGGGGCCGUUUGACCCCAACAACAUCGAGUACCUGGAGAAGGGGGUGGAAUGGGACGACUUCAAGAGCCGCCUCCAAUAGCAAGAAAUUGUCAUUGUAAUUUUGUAUGCCGCUGUAUCAGUUAAUCGAAGGAAAACAUUAUCUACAAAAGGCACCGUAGGCUAGUGAUUACAGGAGCCUCGCUCCAGUGAUGAGUUCAACUCCCCGUGAUUUUAGUAGUAGGCGAUGUUUCCAUCAACAGUAAAGCACCUGCAGUGACUUCAUUAUUCUUGAGAAUAUCAUUCUCGAGAAUUUGCCGGUUUAGAAAAUUGAGAAUUUGCCGAUUCA